AUGGUGUCCUCGCCGCGCAAUCCUCCGUUCCGAGCUGAGCACAUCGGCUCCCUCCUCCGGCCAAAGGAGUUGGUCGACAAGAGAUAUGCCGUAGCAGGAGGCUCAGACACGGCAGAAUCUCUGGUGCCGAUCGAGCAGAAGGCAAUCAAGGAUGUCGUAACGCUUCAGCAAGAAUGCGGUAUUCACAGCAUCACGAAUGGAGAAUACAGUCGCCAUCAGUUCUGGGGAACGUUCAUGGAGACGUUGAAUGGUAUGGAAGAAGUCAAUCUUCGCGAAGGCGGUUACGACCAGUCUAUUUUCCGGGCAUACGCGCCUGACGUCAAGAGCUUCAUGCAUGCAAAGACAAUCCCAAACCAAGUCACUGUGGCCGUAGGCAAACUCUCACACCCGGGACGGAGUAGCUUCCUACCGGAGUUGGAGUAUCUGAAGUCGAUCUUACCCAAGGAGAAAUGGAGCAGCAUCAAGCUGACCCUGACAAGUCCGUCUUGGUAUCACUUCAGAUACGGGCCUAACAAGGCGUACGUACAGGGGGUAUACAACAACGACGACGAGUAUUUCGACGACCUGGCCAAAGCUUACCAACAAGAACUCAAGAUUCUCUAUGACGCCGGACUCAGGAAUGCUCAAGUCGACGAUCCGAACUUGGCCUAUUUCUGCUCUGAGCCCAUGCUUGAAGGAUGGGCUGCGGAUACACAGAACUUCCAGACCGCAGACGAGCAGCUAGACGCCUAUAUCCGCUUUUAUAAUAAGUGUUUCGAGCGACCUGCAGACUUCCACCUUGGUAUUCAUCUGUGCAGAGGCAACUAUCUCGGCUCCAAGCACUUUAGCGAAGGAGCUUAUGAUCGUAUCGCAACUAAGCUGUUUAAUGACCUAAACGUCUCUACAUACUACCUCGAGUAUGACACACCGCGUGCCGGCGGCUUUGAGCCCCUGAAGCACCUGCCCAAGAACAAGAACGUUGUCCUGGGCGUCAUCACUUCGAAGUUCCCGGAGCUUGAGAACAAGCAGAACAUGGUAGACCGCAUCUACAAGGCCGCUGACUAUGUAGCUGAGGGAUCAGGUGAGAGCAGGAAGGAGUCGCUGCAGAGACUGUCAGUCAGCCCGCAGUGUGGGUUUGCGAGCCAUGCUGAAGGGAAUGCGUUGGGCCAUGAGGACAUGCGGAAGAAGUUGCUAUUGGUACGAGCGAUUGCUGAUGAAGUUUGGCCCGGAGAAGCUUAA